UAAAAACGAAAGGAAAGGAAACAGAGCAGGGUUUUAGAGGGUUUUAACCUUUGACAACAAACGUCUUCCCUUCCCUUUGUCUGUGUGUUGAGUCUUAACAACUAGAACCCUUCAACAAGGCAUCGGCCAUGGGCGUUGCACAAGACUCCUCGGCCAACCCUCCAAAGAACAAGAAGCAAAAGUCUAAUGAUGGAAAGCAAAUUCCUCCUUCGGCCAUUGAUAAGGAAUUCCUCGCCGCUCCUAUCAAAUCUGCCACGGACAAAUUCGCACUUCUGCCGGAGUUUCUAAAGGUGAGAGGGCUGGUAAAGCAACAUUUGGACUCGUUUAAUUACUUUGUGAACACGGGAAUCAAGAAAAUUGUUCGUGCCAAUGAUCGGAUUGUGUCUGGCGUCGAUCCAAGUAUUUAUCUCAGGUUUAAAGAUAUUUCUAUUGGUGAGCCCUCGCUUACAAUGGAUGGUGUCACUGAAAAGAUUGCUCCUCAUACAUGCCGCUUAUCUGAUAUGACGUAUUCUGCUCCAAUAAAAGUCGAUGUAGAGUACAUUCAAGGAAGUCAUGAUCAAAAGACUAGAGUGGAGAAGAAAGGUGUCGUAAUCGGAAGGAUGCCUAUUAUGCUACGGAGUUGCUCCUGCACCCUGUAUGGGAAAACCGAAUCUGAACUUGCCAAACUUGGUGAGUGCCCCCUCGACCCUGGAGGAUACUUCAUAAUCAAGGGAAAUGAGAAGUUGAUGAAAUAG